AUGGGGCGGCUGGUGGGCCUGAGCUUGCUGGGCAUCGCGCUGGGGCUGGUGGGCGAGCGGCUCCUGGCGCUCAGGAACCGACUUAAAGCCUCCAGUGAAGUAGAAUCUGUAGACCUUCCGAACUGCCGCCUGGUUAAAGGCAUUGAAGCUGGCGCUGAAGAUAUUGACAUCCUUCCCAAUGGCCUGGCUUUCCUUAGUGUGGGUCUAAAAUAUCCAGGACUUCACAGCUUUGCACCAGACAAGCCUGGAGGAAUACUAAUGAUGGAUCUAAAAGACGAAAACCCCAGGGCAUUGGAAUUAAGAAUUAGCCGUGGGUUUAAUUUGGCUUCAUUUAAUCCACAUGGUAUCAGCACUUUCAUAGACAGCGAUGACACGGUUUAUCUCUUUGUGGUAAACCACCCAGAAUUCAAGAAUACGGUGGAAAUUUUUAAAUUUCAAGAAGAAGAUAAUUCUCUUUUGCAUCUGAAAACAGUCAGGCAUGAGCUUCUGCCAAGUGUGAAUGAUAUCAUAGCUGUUGGACCUGCACAUUUCUAUGCCACCAAUGACCACUAUUUCUCUGAUCCUUUCUUAAAGUAUUUGGAAACAUACUUGAACUUACACUGGACAAAUGUUGUUUACUAUAGUCCAAAUGAAGUUAAAGUGGUAGCAGAAGGAUUUGACUCACCUAAUGGAAUCAACAUUUCACCUGAUAAAAAGUACAUCUAUGUAGCUGAUAUAUUGGCUCAUGAAAUUCAUGUUUUGGAAAAACAGCAUAAUAUGAAUUUAACACAAGUGAAGGUACUCAAGUUGGAUACCCUGGUGGAUAAUUUAUCUGUUGAUCCUUCUUCGGGGGACAUCUUGGUAGGCUGUCAUCCUAACGGCCAGAAGCUGUUCAUUUAUGAUCCGAACAAUCCUCCUUCCUCACAGGUUCUCCGCAUCCAGAAUAUUCUCGCGGAGAAGCCUACAGUGACCAUCGUUUAUGCCAACAACGGGUCUGUUCUCCAGGGAAGUUCUGUGGCCUCUGUAUACGAUAGGAAGCUGCUCAUAGGCACUUUGUACCACAGAGCCCUGUAUUGUGAGCUCUAA